GCCAUGAAGCUAAGCGUGGCGUUGUUUUUUGCAGGACUUUUUGGGGCCCUGGCAGUCGUCUUUGUCCUCCUCUCGUUUGGAACAGAUUACUGGCUGCUGGCCGCGGAGAACUGUGAUCCUAAGACUGACACCACGUUAGAGCCUGGAGACACAACAGUGCAGAAUGCCACUAGUGAGGUCACCCUGUACCACGAGGGCUUCUUCUGGAGGUGUUCCUUUGGGGGCAACGCGCAGGAUGAUGACCUGCUAUGGAAGCUUUGGUUCACCAACCAGCCACACUUCAAAGUAUGCAUGCACUCCUACCUCUUCCCAUUCCCGGUGUCCCAUCACACCCACAACGCCACAGCUUAUGAAUCUGCCAUAAUCUACAGAGGCUUCUGGAGCAUCUUCAUGCUCAUUGGCGUGGCAGCUGUGAUUCUUGGCGGCUUCAUCAUCAUCUGCGCAGCUCCCUUUGCCAACCACUGCUUGUACAAAACGGGUGGUGGCCUCUUCCUGGCAUCAGGUUUCUUCCUGCUGUGCGUGGUGGUGAUGUUCGUGCUUUGGAUUGAGAUGCUGGACGUGGUGGAUGUCUACCUGGAAUACCAGCGCACCGUCGUGUGUUCAAACUUUCACUUGACCCUCAACUAUGGCCUCUCCUUCAUGUUUGCUCCUGUUGGCAUCUUCUUCUCUCUCCUGGCUGGCCUCCUCUUCCUCCUCAUUGGCCGAACCAUUAAGAUCCACUACCACUAACUGAAAUCAUAAGGGAAACACACAUGGAGAUGUUAAAGUCUUCGAGGACACCAUUAGAUGUGUUGUUUGAGCAAUGCUAUACCGUAUGUACCAUAUGCUGGACUAGUGUACUGUAAAUGCUCUAACCGCCGCCGGGGUGUUUAUUUAACUAAACUGCAAAGAGAAUAAAGCAUUUUUAGAUGCAGGCGAUAAAACAAAACUCAUUCUGCGUAACAACUUAAUUUUUCAACUUUAAUAAUGAUUUGGUGCUCAGUGACCACGUGAUCAUUUAUUAUUACCAAUGCUGUAAUAAUUCGUUUAUUGUAAACACCAGUACAGCAAGUGUAACAAGCAUAGUAUAAAAAUUACAGACACACCUUCUAAUGUCAUUAGAGAGCCCUUCUGUUAUGAUACACUCUGCGACUACAGGAGACUAUGUGGUUAUUGAAAUUGAGGCAUUCAUUUGAGCAUUUACGGUAACUAGAAUUUCACUCAAGAGCAAUAGCAAGCAUUCACUAAUGUUGAGGCUGCUUCCUGGUUCAUGGAAGGUGACUAACAGGCGGCGGUAUGAAUGCAUUAUGAAUUCACCUUAACCCAGAUCCUCACCAAAAUGCAGUGGCCUCGCUCUGUUCAUAAAAAAUAUUUAUAUUUUUUCCUGCUGCUGUAACAAAAAAAAGUCACAACAAGAACUCUAGAGGUGGCCCAAGACUUUUGCACAGUACCGCAUCAGUCAUCAUCGCACCCUACAAUAACUGAUAACUAAUGACUGCAUCUAAAUGUAACCGCCGGUGUUUUCCUCUGCGUUGUGUCAGGUUUGCUUGAUGACGCACACCAGAGUUGCUUCGCAGUUGCACUCUUUUAUUGCAGUACCUGCCGAAAUCAGCACAAACAACGAUCCUAGACCCAAACUCAUUGUGGGGGGGCGUCACAUUGAUUAGUGUAGCUGUCAUUAACAUUCCACAUAGUUACACAGCAGAAAGGAGAAUACAUCGGGUAUUUUUCAAACUCACGUAUUUUGUGUAAUUAUAUCAAAUGAAUAACAUCACAAUGCAAUACCACAACGACAUUACAACAUUUGUAAAAGGGCUAAAACCCCGUUACAUUACAUUAGUCUCAAUAUUAGCAUGUGUGUGUGUGUUUUUAUAUUCUAUAACGGAACUAGCAAAGUCGAAUGUCUCAGAAGUGGUACAAUUAGGGAAAAAAGCAAAAUGUGCCUCAAAAGUCAAACAAAACUUUGGCGUUCCACGCAUCACCACGUCCAGUAACGCCUAUAUUGUGUUGGGCCCCCAUGGUGUCAGGAUGACUCUGCAAACACUCUCCCUCCCCAUUAGUCAGGCAUCUUCAAAGGGUGAGUGGUUUUACUUUUGGUUUUAUUUAACGUUUGAUAUGUAGUAGUUAACUAUCUUUGUUGUUCUGUCAUGUUAAAAAUGUUAAAAUGUACAGUUAAUAAAGGCUUUAUCACAGCUCACUUUACAGAAUUUCUUACAAGAAAAUGGUUGAAAACUUUGAAAAACCUGGAUGUAAAUCAGUAUUAAUUUAACAACAUGUACUGUAUAUUCCUGUGGUUAGCAUCUUUUCUCUGCAACCAU